AAAAUAAAAAUUAUUAUGUAGUUAAUAACAAUGACAUAAAUAUUUUAACAACAUAUUCAUUAGUGUCAAAAUAAUUAUAUUCCCUACGACCCAUCCGAUGACAUUGUGUGAUCCCUAUAAAUACCAAACCGAACAAUGGAGGGAGAUGCAUAUGUCUAAGGAGUAUAUAUCCACACAAGUAUUUCAAACACUCCACUUGACUAAAUGAGGAAGAACAUGAAUCUCUCGCCUUCUCCUUCUCCGUUACUCAACAAACAUAAAGAAAUACGACUAUGGCCUUCCUGCAAGCACCCAAAAACCCUCUCUUUUCGAGCCACUACACCAGAUCAUGAUUCGUUGUUUAUAGAUCCUAAGGAGUUUUUGCCUGAGGCAGAAGUCGAGCUGACAAUGCCUGGUUACUACUUCAGUAACUCAUCAGAAUCCGCCACUGCCAGCAUGUCGACUGAAUCCGAAACAUACUUUGACUACAACGAGUCCUCCUCGGUGGAGAUAAUCGUACGUGGGGUCAAGUCUGAAAGGUUGUUUUUUAAACCUGAUACAACAAGUGCGAUACUUGAAACUCAAGGAAGUGGUAGGCAACGUACUACGCCUGUAGAUAUUGAUGGUGGUGUUUUUCCGUAUAAAGAGAGUGUGGCAAUGGUGAUGGAAUCGGAGGAUCCGUAUGGGGAUUUUAAGAAGUCGAUGGAGGAGAUGAUGGAGAGUCUUGAUUUGAAAGAUUGGGAUUGUUUGGAGGAGUUGUUGGGGUGGUAUUUGAGAAUGAAUGGGAAGAACAAUCAUGAGUUCAUUAUUGGAGCUUUUGUUGAUUUGCUUGUUGGGAUUUCUGGUGGUGAUGAUUCCUGCUCCGAUCAUUCUAUAGCUUCUUUCAAUUCAGCCGCUUCCACUUUUUCUUCUCCCAUCUCAUCUCCCUUAUAUCAAGUUGGUAGCGAGAAGAACAUCGAUCAAGGAAAAAUGAUAUGGAUAUGGGAGAUGUUUCACAAAAUAGCUCUUGAGUUCACCGAACUAAAUAAGAAGGUCAUCCCAAGGAUCCUACAAUGGAAAAGGGUGAUAGACAUCAGUUGGGAGUCUUGUAUGUCAUUUAUACAUGGAUAUCAGGAUGUUUACAAACAUUUAUGGCUGCGACUUACACCAAACAAUGUCGAGCACUCUACUAUAUGGUUGAUAGAAAGCUCCCCUUUUUCUAAUGGCGUUCAAGAUAAACAGGCCAAAAGGACACCAAAGAAGAUGGCUCGUACUGGUGUCCCUUCAUCCUCAUCAAUGCACAAACAGAUCACACCAAUACCAUUUGCCGCCACCAUCAUGGGUACAUAUGAGGAGAGGUUAACAACGAUCGAGGCUACAAUCCAAGGAUUACAGACUUGUCAGAACAUGAUUGCGAAUGAUAUGGUGCAGAUUAAGAAAGAAAUGUCCAACAGUUUCACACAGAUUAGACAAGAACUGACUCUUAUGAGAGCUACUGUGCCAUGUGUGAUGGAUAAUUACGAGAAUAUGUUUGUUGAUGCUGAUGAAUUUAUUGAUAAGAUGGAGGGGGAUGAGAAGAAGCAUGUAGAGGAGGAAGCAAAGUCUACUGAUCAUACAGUAUGUACAUGUUGUGAGCUACUCUUCAUUAUAUACUAAUAAGUUGUUUUAUUAUAAUGCUAGUAUGUUGGCAUGCAGGUCGUGCCGAAUAAGGAAGAUGAGAAGGAGUCAUAUAUAAAGGUUGCCAUGUUUAAGGAUGUAGAUAAAAAGGUUGUUGGCAUACAUGAUGGGUCAAAUGAUGAAUGUGGGAACAAUAAGGAUGACAAAGUUGUCAUAUUUGAGGAUGUAGAAAAGAAGAAGGAUAGAUCUAUCGUCGAUAAAGGGCCAAUGUACAAGAUACCAAAAAAUGUGGAUCUCAAUAAGCAUAAAAAACGCCCAAGAGCCUAUUUCAAAUCUUCAUAUAUGAGUAUCCCUUCGACUUCACGAGAACCACUCCGUCCUCCACAUUUCAAAAUAGAUGCAUUACAAUCUGAAGAAAUAUUUGCUUUAUAUGAUAAAAGGGAUGAAGAAGCACUUUCUUUUACAUAUAGAGGCGAAUAUGUGGGCUAUCCUUGGGGCAUUGAUUUCUGGAAGCACAUUUUCUGCCAUAAUGAUCCAAUUGAAGAACGUGGUUGGCUAGAAACUUCGCAUAUCGAUAUGUGGAGCCUUUUACUAUUAGAUACCAAGCUCCCCGACGAAAGAUGGACGAUUAUGCCCAUCCAUUUUAUGGCCUUUUUUGACGAGAAGUCAUUGAUCCCUUUUGCAAAUGGGUCGAAGCCUCCGUAUGAAGAUUGGGCUAAUGUUGAUUUGGUGUUGUUUCCUAUCAAUAUUAACAAUUGUCAUUGGUUGACGGGAGGUAUGGACCUGAGGACAUGGAAUUUAACACUUUAUGAUAGCUCGAUUUCAGAAGUAUCUAAUGAGAUAAUAUUGGAAAACCUACUAGCUUUCAAAGAGAAUUUCAAUGACUUCUUAAAGUUAAUAGAUUAUUGGACAAAGACUGGACGAGAGUCCACCCACAUGAAUUUGAAUAUUCAAUUUGCCAAAGGUGUACCCCAACAAGUAAAUGGCAGUGAUUGCGGGGUUUUUGUUUGCAUGUGGUUAGAGGCUCUAAGUAGUGGUAAAGAGUUGAACAUAAAAAAAGAUGAUGUAGCGGCUGAAUGUAUGGAAUAUCGUAGACGUAUGGCACGAAUUAUAUGGGCACGUCGUGAUUAGUGACGAUGUAAUAGACAUUUGCAUCUUAAUUUAAUAAAGAAAAUUAAAAUUCAA